GUUCAAUUCCUUUGCCACCCAGAAACUAAUUAAAAAUGCGGAGGUAUUUACAAAAAAUAUUCAAAUAACGAACUGUUUUGUUCGGUGUUAUUUCUUUAUUUAUAAAAAUGUUUUACGAUAAUAUAAUAAUGAACAGUGAAACCCUUGGUAAAGUGUGGAAGGUGGCAAACAAUAUCGAAGAUUCAAAUAACGAUAUUUCUCUGCCCAAAAUAUGUGAACAAUUAGACGAUUGGUUGGGAAAUGAAGAAGAAGUUCCUUACAAACGUCUAUCGCUGAGGACAUCAGCAAUGUUCAUCGACGGCGCUGCUAAGCUAUAUAAACAGGGGAUGCAGAAGUUAUUUGAAGAUAUAGACAGUUUGGACAAAGCGAUGUCUUCUCGCAAAAGACGUCGGGACGUUCCAGAUUACUCAACAAGCAGUACUAGCACUUCAGACACUGUACCAACCCCUGAGAAAAUGAUGAGGCGCCACCCAUAUGAUGUAGGUAUAGAUACGUCUCAAAUAAACGGAACGCGUUGGAGGAGUUAUGAAGACCGUUCGCCAAGCAUCUGCAGUAAUAAAACGGUUGAAAGAUGGACAUUUCGCGGCACCAACAAUAACAUAUUUAUUAGAGACGACAAUAGGACUUCCAGUGUCGUAACGUCUGAAGAUUCUGACGAAAUUCAAGAAGUUCAGCGGAAGGAACAAGAAGUUCAGACCACACUCUCCUUCGCCCCUAAUGUAGAAAGAGCAAAUGCACAGACUAACGGAUUUGAUGAGAAUCUUCCAUUUGGUUACGUCAUCAUUCAUGAUAACUACCGAUCUCGAAUUCCAAGCAAAAUUAUAUUCUCCUCACUCAAUGCAGACGUUAAAAAUAUUUUUUGAUUUGUAAAAUUAUCGAUUUACAUAAUCGAUUAUAUGAUUAUUGAAUGUAUUAAUUAUUAAUGAUUAAUUUGCUUACGACAAUGUAAGACAUUAAAAUAAAACUAUUUACGUGGUUAUUUAUAUUAUUAUUUUCUCCCGACCUUUCGAAAAAAUUACAGCCCUCAUGGAAUCCGCCCUACAACCAUAAAGGCUGCAAAGUCUUCGAAACGUCAGAAAAAAAUAAUAAUAAAUAAAUAACCGUAAUUCGUAAGUUGGUUUAUUUUAAUGUAUUAAUUACUCUAAAGAAAGUAUAUUUGCGAUUAUUUAGUUGCUAUCAUUGUAACGCCAACCAUAGGUUUAGUCAGCAUUUUUCACCUAAAACUUAGGUAUACUAUAUGUAUUUUUGUAAAACGAAAAUUAAAAAUAUUUUCUUCAA